AUGCGCCCUCCCAAUUCCCCACCCUCCUCUCCAUUCCUCACCCCAGACAGGCCCCAGAUCGACCAAGAUGCCUCACUCGACUUCGAGUUCCCUCAGCCGCAAACUGUUGGACUCGAACCACUUACCGUCGAUAAUCCUAUGAAUGAUCAGCCCGAACCUCCAUUCGCCCCAAUACUCAUCGCGCAUGCCGACCCCGACCACGCUUACGGAGCUCAACUUGGGGAUGACGACGGUGACUCGGUCUUCGAUAUCCCUCAACCCUCGAUUCCGCUCUCGCCACCCAUCGAUGCUGCCGACUUGACAACUCCUCCCCAACCCGUAGCCGUGGUCCCGCCGUUGCCGGAAGUUCAAGACCUCGAAGAUGACGUCGAUCCUGCAAAUGCCGGUCUACAUCCCAUGGCAUUGAGCAAUGCCAACCCCAUGUCGCUCGGACCCGAGAAUCCCCACGUUAUGCAGUUCCUCGAGCUCUGGGAAUGGUCAAAUCAAGCAGAAAUCCCGCUUCGCGCAAAUAGUCCUGUUCCGCUGUUCCGGGAAAUUCGACGCCUGGCGCGCGAAUGUCCACGCCGGGUCGAGUAUAAGCAGCUGAGGGGCGACGAUUACGACUUUCAAGGCAUCAGUUGGAGGGAUCUUGGUGUCACGAGGAAUAUCGCGAGGCGCCGUCGUAUGGCGACGUUCCAUAACUAUGUUAACAGGCCAGCGUCUGAUGUGUGGCAUAAAGGGUCGUCCGAUAGGCUUUUACCACCCGUCGAUAACUUCUUCAGAUAUAAGAGUAUGGAUAUUAGGCGUGAUGUGCGUUUGCUACACUUCCAGCUUCGCAACAUCUUGGGCGUCGCAUCACGCACGAGAAUAUUCUAUCCUAGCUUUACCUCGGUUAGGGAACAUGACCCUACAACCGGGAAGGAUAAAACAGCAAUGCGCUUCGAGAAUCAGACCGGGGCUUGUGUAUCUACCUUAACUGCCAGUGAAAACAUAUUGAUCGCUGGUGGCUUCUACGGAACCUACCAAUACCGUCACUUGAACUCCGGGGUGAGCCUUGAGACUCAUGAAGGACAAUUGACAAGCCAUAAUAGUGGUAUCACCAAUCAUGUGCAACUUCACUCGUCCCGGCAUUCGUCGACGCCCUUAGCAGCUUUCGCUUCUAACGACUUUGGUUUCCGGGUGGUAGACUUAUCUACGAAUAAGAUCACAUCGGAGAUAAUGUAUGAUUUUGCCAUGAAUUGUUCGGCAUUGAGCCCAGAUAUGAGACUUCGCGUUAUAGUCGGAGAUCAUGAGAAUGCACUUAUAACCGAUGCCGAGUCCGGUGAGAUUCUUCAGGAGCUCGAGGGCCAUAAGGACUUCGGCUUCGCUUGCGAUUGGGCACCGGAUGGUUGGACUGUUGCCACCGGAAACCAGGAUAAGACUAUUAGGAUAUGGGAUGCUCGCAAAUGGAAGAAUAGCAAUGGGCAGGCCGAAUCCGUCGCCGCGGUCAGGACUGAGAUGGCCGGCGCGCGGAGUUUACGUUUUUCUCCCCUUGGUUCCGGGAAGAGGAUCUUGGUCGCUGCCGAAGAAGCCGACUUCGUCAAUCUAAUCGACGCCCAGACAUUUAGCACCAGGCAAACUGUCGACAUAUUCGGCGAGCUUGGCGGUGUCGAUUUCGCCAACGGCGGUCACGAUCUCAUCGCUCUAUCAUGCGAUUUAUCUCGAGGAGGCGUUAUGCGCCUAGAACGUUGCGACACUGGAGCGGAAGACACCUUUGAUUAUGCAGAUAGGGGUCAUUCGGAAGACGCACCGUGGUGGUGGACUCCUGGGUAUGAUUGGAUGCAAAGUCCGGAACAAAUAGUGGCAGCGCCAAGGUCACAGGAGACUCUUACACAGAAACGAAGACGGGCCGCGAUGUCAGAGAACUGGAACUUCUGA